CAGCCAACAAGCCAGACGUGUGGUAGAUGUGAAGUCGACGAACAACGUUAAUACUUCGAGCAAGGGUGGAUACUUACAGUACUUAUUAACUGUAAUUUUACUGGAUACCUUAAAAGUUUGUUACAGUUUGGUAUGGUAUAUUUAAUUGUGGUUUGCAUUAGUGAAAUCUACAGUUACUAGACUUACUGCGUAUAUGUUGCCUCACAACGGACAUUCUGUAACGAUGGAUACAUCACCCGAGAGAAGCAAUGAUAUGGACUAUUGUAGCGGUGAAUUAGGGUUAGAAGCAGGGAGUGAGGAAUUAAAUUUUGGUUCUUUAAAAGUGGCUAAUAACUCUCGUACUCCAUACACAGAUGCUACACAGUGUAAGAAAGCAGCCAAUCAUAUUAAGCGCCCUAUGAACGCUUUCAUGGUGUGGAGUCAGAUUGAACGCCGUAAGAUUUGUGAGCAACAACCCGAUACGCAUAACGCAGAAAUUAGCAAGCAGCUCGGGAAAAGAUGGAAACUUCUCACUGACGAUGAGCGUCAGCCGUUUAUUGAAGAAGCCGAACGACUGCGUAUUCUUCACAUGCAAGAAUAUCCUGGGUACAAAUACAGACCAAGGAAAAAAGUGAAACAAACUUCUAAGCCUGAAAAGAAGAACCCUAUGAAACACAAGUCUGCCAGAGAUAAGGGCGGUAGUAAGCCUAAACAACAUAGGUUUCAGUUGUCAAGUUCUACCGUUUUCUCAGCCACUCCAGUGCCAAAUGUUGGCAUAAAUCACAAUCGGCUCAAGCUCAAGCUCACCAUUGACAAGAAGUUUAAAGACAGCAUUAGGCACAGCAAGCAGGUUCCUUUAUCUGUGAACCAACUCACUCCUCCCGCAAAAGUACCGUGUUUACCGGUAGAGGACGACCCGUCUUCUCCGGAGAGCACCAACGUUAGCCUGUACGAAGAUAGUCUGUACGCCAAAAAUACCAAGACACAUUUGCUUACAUCAGAGAAGACAACAUCUUGUAUUAAGCCUGACGAUACCGUAGACUCGUGUAGUGGCACUUAUGAUAAUAGUCUAGUCGAUCUAGACACUCUAACCGAAGUGCUGUUAGUACCCUCGGCAUGGACUCAAGAGAUGGGAAGUUUGAAUAUUUCACCCCUGACGGACUUUGAUGCUUUGGAAACUGGUAGUUCUAGUUCUAGUUCACACUUCGAGUUUCCGGACUACCAGAAUUCAGAAGUGACCGAUAUCUUGGGAAAGGACUGGCUUGACACAAGUUUUUCCUCAUAUAUUUAACUCCUGCACUCUAUAAAGUUAUAAAAUAUAGCUUCUCAUAAGUUGUGCUGUUAAGCCUUCCUUUUUCCCAACGGUCAGAAGUUUCUUGUGGGUUGAACCUAUCGCGUGAAGCAGUGGAUCUAAUGUUGUUAAGAAGAGUUGCCUGUGAGAGGAUUUAUAUUGUAAGCAACGAAAUCUAUUCGGUCUUAUAGCACAAAGGCACUGUUUAUAACCAAACCUAUGCACAUGAAAGAAACACCUUACUAUAUUUUCACAAUCUAACGUAAGUGUUAGUGCUUGUAUAAAGUUUUUUCUUGUUUUAAUAUUGAAGGCACUUUGACAGUGUUGCACAGCAAAUGUUUGGUUUCUGAUCGAAUUUUGAUAAAGAGUUCUUUAGCAUUUUUCUAUCUGGCGUAUGUAUGUAUAUAUGCAUAUUAUGACUUAGGCUUACCCUUAUUCUAAUACAAAAAGUCUCACCCACUGUGUAUUAAUGUUAUGACUUAUAUGUACGUAGGCCUUUUACCACUUGUAUACUUAAUUAUUUAAAGUAGAAGAAACACUUCGUUCGAUGUGAUUUUUGUACUAAAUCUAUUUUCUUAACUCUCUUCAUUAACUUCGUUUCUUACUGUGGCCUAAACUUCGUAUUUGGAUUUGUAGAUAAACCAUAAAAAAGUGUUUGUUUAGACUCGUUAUGUACAAUACUGUACAUAGGUAAAAUGUAUCUUGUUUAAUUUUAUAAGGUGAGGCAAUUUAUCGUUUUUGAUUAUUGGAUUACUAUGGUUAAGAAUUUGUAUAUUUAUACUUAAACAAAAAACAUAAAAAAACGUUGAUGGUGUAUGUAAGGCGUCUAGCGCAUAAAAAGGGGCCAUUACGUUUCGUAUUUUGUUUGAACAAACAUAGUACCUAGUACCGACAGUAGGACUUUUGGAAGUCCGUCUGCCUUCGUUUUAGUCGUUAAUACCUCAGUAGUUUUGUGUGAAAAAUUUAACAUGAGAGAUACUUCAACAUGUAUUAAUUAUUUUCAAAUAUGUUUGGAGCGUGUGUUGAAACAUAAUAAAUAUAUUAUAACUUGGUCAUAACGUUUUCAGGUAUGGAUAGCGUGGUAUUUAUUUAACACAUUCGUACGUAGCCUAGGUCAGUGAGUGUUUGUGCAAGGCCUAGCUCAGGCCUUAUUUUAGUAUUAAUUUUUCGUCCCGUCCUUCUUAGUCAUAGUCAUUUGCUUGAAAUAAUGUUUAUUUAUAAAUUCAACUGGCGAUAGGGAGACUGUGUAGUAAAUUGUAUGUAGAAAUUUCUUGAACAAAAUACGCUGUAUUUGUACGACAAUUUGUACAUGUAUCAUAACUCGUUAAGCAAAAACAAAUAAGUUUUAUAUGCCAAAA